UUUUAAAUUUGAUCGGAUGUUAAAUACAUAAAAAAAUUACAAAAGGGAAUUUGUGGGUGUCAGUUCAGUCAGUCUUCAAAAGCAAAGCAAAGUUUUAAUUUUUUCAUUUCUUGAAAAGUAUACAUUAACUCGACUUCUCAACGCGGCGAGCGAUAUCAGCAGUAACAAAACAAGAAGAAAAUAAGAGAAAAACUUUGUGCAGGAAUUAUUUUCUGCAUGAUAUGCAAUGCCGAUUGAAAUGAAAAAGUAAAGCAUCAAUUGCCGAAUUACGAACAAAGGAAAUUGCAAUCUUGCCAAGUUUCAAUUUUAUUAUUAUCUGCUUUGUGCAUCAGCUAUUGAAAAUAAACUUUGGUUUUCAUCAUGGCAAUGUCAAAAGUGAUUCGGGUUUUGGAAAAAUCCAUAGCUCCAUCGCCGCAUAGCGUUCUGAUGGAGUAUCGCAAUAAAAACGAAAGCAUCCUCUUUGAGUCACAUGCCGUUGCCCUGUUGUCGUCCCAAGAGUCGGAGAUAAUUCGCAAACAAUACACAAAAGUGUGCGAUGCCUAUGGUUGCCUCGGCGUGCUUCAGCUGAAUGCUGGCGAGAGCACUCUGUUGUUUUUAGUUCUGGUCACUGGCUGUGUCUCGAUGGGUAAGAUUGGAGACGUGGAAGUGUUUCGCAUACAACAGACGCAGUUUGUAUCGUUACAAAAUGCUGCUCCAAAUGAAGAUCGGAUUUCGGAGGUGCGGAAAUUACUUAACUCUGGAACGUUUUACUUUGCCCAUACGAAUCAGUCGGCGACCAGGGCUACAAAGUUUGACAUAACACUGUGUGCCCAGAGACGCUUCCAAACGGGCGAAACUGAUAACCGUUUCUUCUGGAAUCGUAUGAUGCACAUACAUAUGCUACGUUUUAGUAUUGAUUGCCAGUCCUGGCUUUUGAAAGUGAUGUGUGGUUCGGUGGAGGUGCGAACUGUUUACAUAGGGGCAAAACAGGCAAGGGCGGCAAUAAUAUCGCGUUUAAGCUGCGAACGAGCUGGUACUCGUUUCAAUGUGAGAGGCAUAAACGACGAAGGACAUGUGGCAAAUUUUAUUGAAACCGAGCAGGUUAUUUACGUGGACAAUGAUGUGACGAGCUAUGUGCAGACACGCGGCUCGGUUCCACUUUUUUGGGAACAACCUGGCGUUCAAGUUGGCUCUCACAAAGUUAAGCUUUCGCGAGGAUUUGAGACCUCGGCGGCUGCUUUUGAUCGCCACAUGUCUUUGAUGAAACAACGAUAUGGUUAUCAGGCCAUUAUCAAUCUUCUGGGCACCUCAUUGGUUGGCAGCAAAGAAGGCGAGGCCAUGCUCAGCAAUGAAUUCCAGCGCCAUCAUGGAAUGUCUGCCCAUAAGGAUGUACCACACAUCAUAUUUGAUUAUCAUCAGGAGUGUCGUGGUGGAAAUUUUGCUGCUCUGUCUAAGCUAAAAGAACGUAUAACCGCUUGCGGCAUAAACUAUGGCAUAUUUUAUGCUGCCGCCGGAAAAGUUGUUCGCGAACAAUUCGGAGUUAUACGAACCAACUGUUUAGAUUGUCUGGAUCGUACAAAUUGUGUACAAACAUUCCUGGGAUUGGAUACAUUGAAUAUACAACUAGAGGCUUUGGGUUUUGGCGAAAAGAAAAACUUUACACGAUUCGAGGAGAUAUUCAAACAAAUGUGGAUAAACAAUGGCAAUGAGGUCAGUAAAAUCUAUGCCGGCACUGGAGCUAUUCAGGGUUCGUCAAAACUAAUGGAUGGUGCCCGAUCAGCUGCCCGUACCAUUCAAAACAAUUUACUGGAUAAUUCCAAGCAGGAAGCCAUUGAUAUACUUUUGGUGGGCUCAACGCUUAGUUCCGAGUUGGCCGAUCGGGCAAGAAUCCUAUUGCCUUCCAAUAUGCUGCAUGCCCCCACUACGGUUUUGCGCGAAAUGUGUAAACGCUACAAUGAAUAUGUCCAGCCCCAGACUGUGCGCGUAGCUGUGGGAACGUACAACGUAAACGGUGGCAAACAUUUUCGCAGUAUUGUCUUUAAGGACACCCUUUCAGAUUGGCUGCUUGAUUGUCACGCCUUAGCACGCUCAAAAGCAUUAGUCGAUGUCAAUAAUCCAUCGGAGAAUGCUGGCAAACCUGUUGAUAUAUUUGCCAUUGGCUUUGAGGAAAUUGUCGAUUUAAAUGCCAGCAACAUUAUGGCGGCUAGUACGGAAAAUGCCAAACUCUGGGCCGAAGAACUACAAAAAACCAUAUCGCGAGACAAUGACUAUGUGUUGUUAACCUAUCAGCAACUUGUGGGCGUUUGCCUGUACAUCUACAUACGACCCGAACACGCUUCGUAUAUUCGAGAUGUGGCCAUUGAUUGCGUGAAGACAGGUUUAGGUGGAGCAACUGGCAAUAAGGGAGCAUGUGCUAUACGUUUUGUAUUCCACGGCACCUCAAUGUGCUUUGUGUGUGCCCACUUUGCAGCCGGACAAAGCCAGGUGGCCGAACGUAAUGCCGACUAUGCGGAAAUUACUCGUAAAUUGGCUUUCCCCAUGGGUCGUACUCUGAAAUCGCAUGACUGGGUAUUCUGGUGCGGAGAUUUCAACUAUCGCAUUGAUAUGGAUAAGGAGGAAUUAAAGGAGGCCAUAAAGAAUGGUGAUUUGGCCACUGUACUAGAAAACGAUCAAUUACUGAAGGAACAGGAGACAGGAAAUGUAUUCACCGACUUCCUGGAGGGCGAAAUAACAUUCGAUCCCACGUACAAAUAUGAUGUGUUUAGCGAUGAAUACGAUACAUCGGAAAAGCAAAGAGCUCCUGCCUGGACAGAUCGUGUACUGUGGCGCCGACGUAAGGCCUUGGCAGAGUCAGAUUAUAAUGCCGCCGAAUGGAAUCCCGGCAAACUAAUCCAUUAUGGAAGAUCCGAGCUUAAACAAAGUGAUCAUCGCCCUGUAAUUGCUAUAAUCGAUGCUGAAGUAAUUGUAAUUGAUCCGCGACGCCGAAGGAAAGUGUUCGAAGAGGUCAUAAAAGAUUUGGGUCCUCCAGAUUCCACAAUAGUGGUCCAUGUUCAUGAACCUUCGGCCGAUGAUGAAGGUCCCACAAUUUACGACGAAAAUGUUAUGUCUACCCUAAUUCAAGAGUUGUCGAAGAUGGGUGAAGUGACAUUGGUACGUUAUGUUGAGGAUACCAUGUGGGUAACCUUUCGCGAUGGUGAGUCGGCCCUGAAUGUGGUGGCCAAGGGAGAAACCAGCAUUUGUGGUCUACAUUUGAAAUUUGAAUUGAAGUCACCUGACUGGAUGCGUCACGUGGACAAUGAAAUAGAGUUGUGCACAACGAAUACCAUUCCAUUGUGUGCCAAUCCCCAGGAACAAGCUUCGUUGUUGAACGCUACACCUGAAAUUCCCCAGAGACCAAAACAACCACCAGCAAGACCAGCUCCGGCGCGACCUCCAAUACCAAUGUCACCAAAGAAUUCACCAAGACAUUUGCCACAUGCCGGUGUUAUAAGUGUGGUGCCCGAGAUGUUGCAACCCAAACCGGCCAAACCACCCAUGCCACCACAGCCGCAACAACCGCCACAAUUGCCACCACCACUAAGACCAGUCCCAGUGAAUUCGGUGGUAGAUACUCCAUCUUCUUCGAAGUCGCAAUCGCCAACGGAACAAAAUUCACCACUACACUCCUCAUCGGGCAAGACAUCACCCGUAGGCACGGGAUCGAAUGCCAGUUCAUUGCCGCCAACGCCACCACGUAAUACGCAAAGCAAAAAUGUAACACCCGUAUCAACACCUUCGCGUCAAUCCAAACAGUCAUCGGUUGAUGUGCAGGAUGCUGUUGCUGCUGCGGCCUACAACGAUAGCAAUAUUUAUGAGGAGAUCCAAGAUGACAUACCAGCACCUAGGCAUCCCCCGCCACCAUUUCCUCCCGUGCCCAGUGACAUUGUCAACGAAAGUCCACAACGUCGACCACCAGCCUUGCCGGCAAAUGCACCGAUGGGACCUCCACCACCACUUCCAGUUCGACGCGGACCACCGCCAAUUCCAAAUCGUGUAGGUGGUGCGCCCCCCUUGCCCAAUCGACCGAACAACAAUUGAAUUUCCAGCCGUUGUACUUAAGUGAAAAUUGCAUAUACAAAACAAACAAACAACAAACAAACAGUAAGUAGUAGAGCCUUUGCUUAUAACAACAAAUAUAAAAAGCGAGAGGAAAAUUUAAACAUUCCAAGGAAGUAAAUAAUAUUCCAUUAUCUUCACCAAGAAGAUAAGCUGAAAGAGGUUUGAUAAAAAAAACUUCCUACACCAUUUGCAAUUGCAAUUCAAACAUUAAACUUAACUAUUUAAUGGUCACAGGAACUACCAAGUCAAUAGCUUACUAAUUAACAUGAGGGUCCUCAGGAGUUCCUUACAGAAAAAUAUAAAAAAAAAAAACACACCACCACACAUCACCACUACUACUACUACAACUACACACAAUAUAUGUUAUUGCAAUCUAAAAAAAAAACAGAAAUAAUUUUAAAGAAAAAGUAAACUAGUGCAAAUGACGAUGAAAACUAGCUCAUACCUAAAUACGCUUACACAAGACAAACAUUCUUUUUAUUUUUUGUUGAAGAAGAAGAUGAAGAAUCAAAGUAACAUAGAAUAGAACAAAUUAUCACAUCUCACGUCUAAUACACAUACUCGUAUGUGCUGUUUUACAUCUAAAAAAAUAUAAUAUAAAACAAAAAUAAGAGAUAAACUAAUAUUCUAUUAAACAAUUAAGUUUAUGCUAAAGUAUUAAAUAGCUGUAACAAUUAUAAUAAAAGAUAAACAAAAACUAGUCAAAUGUCCAAUUGGAAUAAAAAAAGCAAAAUAAUA